AUGAUAGCAUUGUGGUCGGUUGAAAUGUCUGAAUCACUUGGUUUCAAGAGUUCAAUUAUCUUCACACGGUCGAGAUCAGUGUCGUUCACAUGCAAGCAACAUUUAGUUGCCAAGCGCCGGGAGAGAAAAAUAAACAAACUGUAUCAAUUAAGCAAACUACGUGUUUACGCAAAUGAAUGUCAGUCACGAGUUUUUUGCCUCAAUCAUAGCGUACACAAGAAAGACUGCGGUGAUAUAUACAAUAAAGGAAUAAAACUAAGUGGAAUUUAUCAAAUUGACCCGGAUGGAAAUGGAAGUUUCGAAGUGUUUUGUGAUAUGACAACAUCAGGUGGAGGAUGGACUGUAUUUCAACGUCGUCUUGAUGGAAGUGUUGACUUCUACCGAGGAUGGCAAGAUUAUAAACAAGGUUUUGGUAACUGGAGCGGAGAAUAUUGGCUUGGUCUUGACAAAAUACACAGGAUGACAAAUAUUUCACAAAAUGAACUUCGUAUCGACAUGGAAGAUACAUCUGGUAACACCAGAUACGCUCAUUAUGAUUCAUUCAAAGUUAGCAGCGAAAGUGAGAAGUACAAGUUGAAUGUUGGAGGUUUUCAUGGUACAGCAGGAGACUCGUUGAAAAGACAUAACGGUAUGGCUUUCACCACCAAAGAUUCUGACAAUGAUAUUUGGAAAGGUAACUGUGCAGCGAGUUACAAAGGAGCCUGGUGGUAUUGCAAUUGCCAUGAUUCCAAUUUGAAUGGUUUGUAUCAUUAUGGCGCACACACAUCGCACGCUGAUGGAGUCAACUGGAAGUAUUGGAAAGGACAUAAAUAUUCCCUUAAAUCAACAUCGAUGAAGAUACGACCACAUGGAUUUGGAAAGAAGAAAUGA